AUGCAAAGAAAAUUAUCAAAACAUAACAAAACAUCUUCAGAUCAAAAAACUUCUACUACACCUACAAAUGAAACUGAUGCAAUAUUGUCAUGCCCAAUGUGUUUUACCAUACUAAGUUAUCAAACACAAAAUCAAUUAUUUAGAGAAACUGGUUUAUAA